AUGGAACUUCCCAUCCUUGUCUUCUCCAUCUCACUAAUUUUCUGUUGUUUCUUCAUCACACUGUUAAUUCACAAUACUAAAUCCACCAGGAAGCUACCACCUGGUCCUCCUGGCCUCCCGAUAAUCGGCUCACUCCUCCAACUCGGCUCAAAACCCAACCAUUCACUAGCCAAGCUAGCCAAAAUCCACGGCCCUCUCAUGACUCUGAAACUCGGCUCGAUCACCACCGUUAUAGCCUCCUCCUCCGAAACAGCCAAAGAAAUCCUCCAAACACACGACAAAACAUUCUCGGCUCGCACAAUUCCCGAUGCGGUCUCUUCCCAACCGAAUCGGGAAGCCACAUUGUCAUGGAUCCCGCCCGACAACACGUGGAGGAACAAGAGAAGAAUAUGUAAUAUGCAAAUGUUCAAUAACCAAAGGCUUGAUUUACUUCAAGAACUACGUCACCAAAAGGCGGAACAACUAGUGAGCCAUGUAAGAAGCCAGUGUGAGAGUGGCUCGGCUGUUGAUAUAGGACGCGUGGCGUUCACGACCACCUUGAAUUUAAUAUCGAACAUGAUUUUUUCGAUCGAUAUGGUGGAUCCGGAAUUUAAAAAGGCUCAUGAGUUUAAGGAAUUGGUAUGGACGAUUAUGGAGGAUGCCGGGGUACCGAAUCUGUCUGAUUAUUUUCCGAUGCUAAAGUGGUUAGAUUUGCAAGGAGUCCGGAGGCGUAUAAGGCCAGCGUAUUUAAGGUUGCAUGAAAUAUUUGAACAACUUAUUGAGAAGAGAGUAGAAGGUAGAGGGUCUGGUCAGACGAUGAAGAGAGACGGAGAUUUUAUGGAUGUACUACUUGAUUAUUGUAAAGAUGAAGGUUCUGGAUUUGAUCGCAAAACUAUCAAGCCGAUUAUCCUUGAUUUAUUUAUUGCUGGAAGUGACACAUCGGCCCUAACAAUAGAAUGGGCAAUAGCAGAACUUCUUCGAAAACCUGAAGAACUCAACAAAGUACGACAAGAAAUUAUCCAACAAAUAGGAACAAAAAGGGCAGUUAAAGAAUCAGACAUGGACAAACUCCCAUACCUUCAAGCAGUUGUAAAAGAAACCAUGAGACUUCAUCCAGCAGCUCCAUUACUCUUACCUCAUAAAGCCCAACACGACGUACAAGUGUUGGGCUUUACCGUGCCUAAGGACAGUCAAGUUUUAGUGAAUGCUUGGGUCAUUGGAAGAGAUCCCAAGACAUGGGAAAGGCCACUAGAGUUUCUGCCUCUAAGAUUCAUGGAAUCUAGUCUGGAUUAUAAAGGUGGAGAUUUUGAGUUUAUACCGUUUGGCGCGGGUAGGAGAAUAUGUCCAGGAAUGCCGCUGGCUAUAAGAAUGGUGAAUUUGAUAUUGGCUUCUAUUAUUCAACCAUUUAAUUGGAAGUUAGCAGAUGGAAUGACACCGGAGAAAUUGGACAUGGAAGAACAGUUUGGAGUUACUUUAAGGAAGGCUAUUCCUCUUGUUGCAAUACCUAGUAUCACUACAUCAAACAAUUAA